ACUAACUCUGCGAUCGUUCCGGAAGCUCAUGUCCCAGCAUGGCUUUGGGAGGGAAGGCUCCCAAGAGGAAGAAGGGCCAGGAGCGGAGACAGAGCUCUGAAGAUGGCGUGGGGGACGCGGCCGCCGACUACCAGGUGGGACAGGUCGCCGACAGCCUGCGGGGCGGCCAGAGACUUCACGGAGGCGAGACGGGGCGGCUGGCGGCUCUCUUCAGCGCCGCGGAGUCACAGGCUGCACCCGUGUUUGUGCCUGUGCCCCAGGAAACCCCUAAGAAAAGAAAACCCGAUGAUGAAGAAGAAAGUACAUCCCAGAUUAAAAGGCCAGCUGUGCCAACCCCUGCCAAAAGGAUGAAAGUGAAGAAACUCUCUGAUGCAGAGGAGAGGCUGGCAAACAGGGAGAGUGCCCUAGCAAGUGCUGACCUAGAAGAAGAGCUUCAUCAGGAGCAGGGGCAGGAAAGGAGAAGGUCUCAGUCUCGUGGUAAAGCAGCAGGUGGAGAAACACUUGGUGUGGCCCUCAGCCACGAUGGAGACCAAAGAAGAAAAAUCUCACUCAACCCUGAAGAAGAGCGGUUGAAAAACGAGAGGACUGUGUUUGUCGGCAACUUGCCUGUCACGUGUAAUAAGAAGAAGCUGAAGUCAUUCUUUAAAGAGUAUGGACGGAUAGAAUCCGUACGAUUUCGGUCUGUGAUGCCAGCAGAGGGAACACUAACCAAAAAAUUGGCUGCAAUAAAACGUAAAUUUCACCCUGACCAGAAAAGCAUCAACGCGUAUGUAGUGUUCAAGGAAGAGAAUGCUGCUGCAAAGGCGCUGCAGAGAAACGGCGCCGAGAUUGCAGAAGGAUUUCGUAUUCGAGUUGAUCUCGCAUCUGAAACCACCUCUAGGGACAAGAGAUCGGUGUUUGUGGGGAACCUUCCUUACAAAAUUGAAGAUGCUGCUUUGGAGAAACACUUUCUGGACUGUGGGAGCAUUGUGGCAGUGCGGAUCUUGAGAAACCCACUCACAGGCGUCGGCAGAGGGUUUGGCUAUGUGCUCUUUGAGAAUACAGAUGCUGUUCAUCUUGCUUUGAAGUUAAAUAAUUCUGAGCUAAUGGGAAGAAAAUUGAGAGUCAUGCGUUCUGUUAAUAAAGAAAAACUAAAACAACCGAGUUCAAACCCAAGCUUGAAGAAUGCCAGUAAACCUAAGCAAAAUGUUACUUUUUCUUCCAAAAAUGCAGGAUGUUCCAAAAAUGCAUUUAUUGGAGAAAAGGCAGUUGUCACGAAAAAGAAGAAAGGACAAAAGAAAAAAGUAAAAGCAAAGAAACAAAAAAACCAGCAGUAAUGACAGAAGCUGCCUCCUUCGUUUCUAUGUUGAACAUUUGGAAUGAGUGGGUUUUUUACGAAUUGUGUGGAAAAUGUGGAGACUCACAGUGGUGUUUUGUACUCAUAUGUAAGGCUUUUUUUUAAAAAAGCAUUAUUCUUAGAUAUGAAUUUACAGAAAAUAAUAAACAUUAAUACUGGUUACUGUGGGAACACC